UAGUUUUCAGUUGGUACCCCAGUCCUGCACUCUGAAGUAAAUAAAAUUCGGCUUUCUGAUUUAAUUUCCCUUCAGUAAUAACUUACUUGAGUCAGAAAAAAGUCCUCAGAAGAUCACUUCAACCCCCCCCCCCCUCACGAGAAAAACCAGAGCUCAUAAAUCCUUCAGUUUUUGUUCAACCGUUAUUUUUCUGGUCAGUUUGUUGUAAAGGAUACUUUUGCUUCGUUAAACAGGAAGGUUCAGCGUCAAGACUUCCUAAAGUAGAAGUCGGCCGCCACAAAACAAAGAGAGGCUACUCCAGGUUGUGUGGCAUGAAAACUAUGCAUGAAGCAGGCUGCCGUUCCCUCGGAGUCUCCACUGAGCUGAAAGGCACACGCUACCUGGCUAAAACGAGAUAACGGCGAACCCUGYUUCACCUGCAUCAUGUCCUCCAACGCUGAGCCAGAUCCCAAAAUGCUCUUGAAUCCUCCUCCUCCGGAGGUGACCGAUCCCAACAAGCCUGGCCGACGGACCAACCAGCUGCAGUACAUGGAGAAAGUGGUGGUGAAAGCUCUGUGGCGGCACCAGUUCGCUUGGCCGUUCUACCAGCCUGUUGAUGCAGUCAGUCUCGGUCUACCAGACUAUCACAAGAUCAUAACGUCUCCCAUGGACUUGGGUACCAUCAAGAAACGCCUGGAGAACAACUACUAUUGGAGUUCAAGCGAAUGCCUGCAGGACUUCAACACCAUGUUUACCAAUUGUUACAUAUAUAACAAGGUUAGGAGCUUCUUGCUGAAGACGGUUGACGGACAACAUGCAGCCGUUUCUCAAACCCCAAAACCGCGGAAGGAGAAUGACCAGAAACAACAUGGCGGGGACGUACCUAAAAGUGCUUCAAACCCUACAGUUAGGAAUCCAUUGAAAGAAAACAAAGAUUGGGAUUUGAGAGAGAAAGCUUUGCCGGCUAUACACGAGGAAAGAUGGGAUUCGGACAAUAAGGCCUUGCCGAUGACGUAUGAGGAAAAACAUCAGCUGAGCCUCGACAUCAACCGCCUGCCUGGCUUGAAGCUGGCCCAUGUGGUCGAAAUCCUCCAAGCGUCGGAGCCCACCAUGUGCACCACCAACCUGGACGAGAUUGAGAUCGACUUUGAGUUACUGAAGCCGUCCACUCUGCGGGAGCUCCAGCGAUACGUCAGAUCCUGCCUGUUCAAGAAAUUCAAAAAAUAUCAAAAGAAGACCAGCAAAAGUGCCUCUCAGUCCGUCAGCACAAGCAGCAGUUUGUCAGAUUCUGCYUCCACCACCUCCAGUUCAGAAGACACUGACUCAUAAUCUUUGUUCUCUAUUUAUAUCUCGCUCUGAGGACCAAAAGUUGUUACAUGUUAAACAGGGUUCUUUUUUAUCUGUUUCUGUAUAUAUUUUAAUUGUUGAAAAUAAACCUUUCUACCUUUUUUA